GUCGAUAUCUGUUUUUUUUGAGAAGGAGAAGAGGCUAUUCUUGUUGCUCUUUGACCAAACUGCAAGCCUUCGCAAUAAAGCUUUUCUGAUGCAGUACGGACUGAUCUGAUAUGAUAUCGUAGCGAUCUUCCGAUUGACGAUUGUUAUUUCAGUAAAAAUGUUUUGCUGGCGUCCGUUCCUGGAGCGCGCGCGGAAGCUCUGGGAGUAUUUGCUGGACCACCAUUUUGCAGAUACCGGUAUGGUGCUUAUCCUGGUGGCCAUGUUUACUGCAAAGAAGCUCUACGAAUUCUUGGCGCCGUCGAUCGGAUCCCUCGUGGAGAGCCAUGUUGCACCGGAAGUGUCCACUUUGUUUACAGAGUGGACGACUUUUGCAGCAGAGCAACCGUGGUCGGCUUUCGGGCUCGCCAUCACCCUGCUCGUCGUAACGCCGUACAACAAUUUUCAGAUGAAGAAGUGCAAGGAUAUGUGCCAAAGUAUCCAGCAGGCGCUUGCAGUACCUGGAGUGCCAGAGCAGCUGACGGCCGCUUUCGGCGAACUGCAGGAGAUGUCUGUCGCUCCGCCACCCGGUCCGGUCGACAAAGUGAGUGCCAUGCGGCUGAAAGCGCUGGAACGGGAACUGGAAGCGAGCAAGCUCAAAAUACGUGAUUUGGAGCAGACAGAAGACGCACUGGCGAGUAUGGCCCGGAGCUUCGGCGAAACGCAAAAACACCAGUGCAAGGAAAGCAGUGGUGGAGAAGAGCGAACGAAAACGAAUGCCGAGAAUGAAGUACCGACCUGCGCGAUUUGCUGGAGCGAGGCGCCAACGGUUUUGUGGACAAAGUGUCGCCACCUGGUUGCCUGCGGCGCGUGCGGUGAUGUCCAAGGCCCCCAGUGUCCCAUGUGCCGCACCACCGGACCGAGAGUGCGAAUAUUUUACGCUUGAGAGCAGGUCGAUCACUAGAAGCACUUAUUACAUGUGCUUGGCUUGCUCGGUGCAACUGCGGCAGUGAUGCAACUCCAGAAGUAUGGUUGAAGUAAAUACUUCCCCUCCCUAUUCUCAUCUACAAAAGCGAAAUCCUUCCUGCACGUAAUAGUUUGUCCUUGGAUUUUUUUGAUUGCUACGAGCAUCGGUUUAUUCCGGUUUUUUUGCACAACAACUAUGAAUUGCAAAUGGACGCAGAGCUCGCCCAUGAAGCGGAAACAGAAGCGCUCAGCUUGAUCUGCUGUUGCCUUGAAGCACGG